GCUGGUAUUUCAGACUGCGGCGAAUUCGCUCAUUUGAAAAAAAUAAAACAUGGCUGGAAGAGGUGGUUAUGAACACGCUAGAGGCGGAUUCGGUGGCGACCGGCAGGGAAAGCAACUGCCACAGGAACCGCCCUUUGUCGCAUUCGUCGGCAACCUGCCGCAGGGUCUGGUGCAGGGUGAUGUGAUUAAAAUAUUCCAAGACUUUGAGGUGAAGAACGUGCGGCUAGUUAAGGAUCGGGAAACGGAUCAGUUCAAAGGAUUUUGUUAUGUGGAAUUCGAGACAUUGGACAAUCUGGAGCGGGCGCUAGAGUGCGACGGACGGAUCAAGCUGGACGAUCUGUCGGCACCACUACGCAUCGAUAUUGCCGAUGGUCGGAAAAAUAAUCGCCCUGGUGGCGGUAUUGGCGGCGGCAAUGGCGGAGGUGGCAUGAGCCGAGACGGCGGCCGAGACGGUUUCCAGAAGCGCGGCCCGCCUCGCCAAGGAGGCAGCAGUCAGUCCUACAGUAGGGGCGGCCCUGGCACUGGCGGUGGCAACGGCGGUGGUCGCGAAGGCGGCGGCGGAUCGGGUAAUCGCGGCGAUAGUAGAGAUCGACCGGCAAAUCGGGGUCGGUACGGCAACUUCAACAACGACGAUCGGUUCGAGCGCAAUCAGGAUCGAGACCGUGGUCAGCGGGAAGGCAGCUAUGGCAACCAGUCCCGGGACGGCGAUCGUUACAACAACUUCAGCCGGCAUCGUGACCGUGAGCGUACCCACUACAAUCCCAACCAGCAGAGUGAACGUCCCAGCGGCGGCUUAGGCGGCGGCAGUGGUGGAGGCAGCGGCUCCUCCAUGGGCGCCAUCGAUGACAACGAACGGCCACGCCUGCAGCUGAAGCCGCGGACCAUUGCUGCACCCAUUAAUGCGGUAGCCGAGACCAAACAAUCGGCUUCCAUCUUCGGCAAUGCCAAGCCACGAGAGGAGAAGUUGAAGGAGCUGCAGCAGAAUGGCGAUAACUAGAGGUAACAGAACAGCGGCGGUUCGCAAUAUAAUAUGCCUGAUAUGAUAUUUUGGUGUGCGAGAGGAAAAGAAGGAGUGGAGAUGGAGAAAUAAUGAUGAAGCAUCUGCAGAAUGCAUAUAUAAACACAUACAUUAAUUUACGCUACAUACCUAUUAUAUACGAAAGAUAUGUACUACAUAACAAGCAAGAGCGAAGAUAAAUGAAACUACAGACAG